UCGACUGGUGGCGAUUUGAGCGAACGGUCAACUAGGAAUAUGUUCGCCAGCAGAGGAAUCCUGGUGCUGCUGGCAGUGCUGCUGCUAUCGGCAAUUGGUGGCCACUCAGAGUCGGUCCCCUGCAAACUGAAGGAUGAGAAGCACGGCAAGGUGUGCGUCUGCACAGCGGACUACUGUGACUAUCUGGAAAAUCCCGUGCUGACGGACGAAACAGAGUGGUUCCUGAUCUCCAGCUCCAAACAGGGACUAAGGUUCUCCACCACCAGCGAUAAAUUCGGCAAAGAGGAGAAGGUCACGGUGCAGGAUUAUGUGGAGCCUGAGGUCACUGAGAAAACUGCAAAUAAAACUAUCUUUUCCCGCCUCUUCGAUGAGGUGGUGGCCAGUGCCUUUACCCUGGAUUCCCGAGAGAGCUCCAUCACUCGCUCGGUUACUCUGCGAUUGGAUCGCAGCAAGACCCACCAGAAGAUGGUUGGUUUCGGAGGCAGCUACACCGGAGCAGUAGAGUAUUUGGUGGAUAACUUCAAGCAAACGGAACUCGCGGAUCAUCUGUACAAGUCCUUCUAUGCCGAAGAUGGCCUGGGGUUCAAUCUUAUGCGCGUUUCCAUCGGCGGGUGUGACUUUGACCUGGAGGCCUGGUCCUAUGCCGAGGAGGAGGGCAACACUCUGCUCUCGGAUAUGGAUGAACUGAACGCCCAUGAUGUGAAGCGAGUGGAGCAAAUCAAGCGCCUCAUCGAAGUGUCCGGCGUGAAGAAUCUGCUCGUCAAAGGAGCCGCCUGGAGCGCCCCGCCAUGGAUGAAGACGAACAGCAAGUGGACAGGAUUUGGACGACUCAAGCGGGCCUACUAUCAGACCUGGGCCGACUAUCAUCUGCGCUGGAUCAAGCUGAUGGAGGCCAAUGGCAUCCCUAUCUGGGCUAUUUCCACGGGUAAUGAACCCCUCAAUGGCAUUUUCUUCAUGUACUUCGUCAAGUUCAUGAGCAUGGGUUGGACGCCACAGACCCAGGCCAUUUGGCUUAACGAUCAUCUGGGUCCCACCAUCCGGAACUCUGAGUUCAAGGACAUUAUCCUGUUUGGCAACGACGAUCAACGCUACUCCUUCCCCCAUUGGUUUAAAAUGAUGAACUAUACCCGGCCCAAUUCGAUUGAUUAUCUGGACGGAUUAUCGGUGCACUGGUAUUGGGAUGAGAUUUUCGGCAAUAGCUUCAUCGAGCACACCACGGAAUAUGCCCCCGACAAGAUUCUGAUAGUUUCCGAGUCCUGUAUCGGUGAUAAACCCUGGCAGGCGGCUGCUCCUCUUCUGGGAAGUUGGGAGAGGGCCGAGAAGUAUGCCCGUGACUACCUGCUGAACAUUAAGUUGGGAUUCCACGCGUGGAUCGAUUGGAACAUUUGCUUGGACGAAGUGGGUGGUCCCAACUAUGUGGACAACACGGUGGAUGCUCCAGUUAUAGUCAACACUACAACCUUUGAGGAGUUCUACAAGCAGCCCAUGUUCUACGCCAUCGGUCACUUCUCCAAGUUGGUUCCCGAGGGUUCCGUUCGCAUAGAUGCCGUUCCCAGUAAUGUCAAUCUGGAUUCAGUUGCUUUCCUGCGACCGGAUAACAAAAUCGCCGCCGUUCUUUUUAACAGCGGUCGCGCCGAUCUGGACAUUACUUUGGUGGAUAGUGUUAGGGGUCAGUUCGUCGUUAAUGUUCCCGCCAAAUCCAUUCACACCUUGUUGUACAGCUAA